AUGCAGGCUCUGAUUCUGUGCUGCCUGGUGGCUUUGGCCGCCGGCAUACGUUAUGACCUCAGCUUGAACCCCAAUAAGAACUACGAGUACGAGUAUGAAGGAUGGAUCAAACUCGGACUGGGCAAACCAAACCAGGCCGAGGCUGGAGCCAGGAUUAGGACCAAUGUCACUAUCACUGGUGCUUCUUCCAACGUCUUCCAUAUGAAGUUCUCCAACGUAGUCUUUGAGGAGUUCAAUGGCUUCCCCGGCAAAAGUGGCUUUGUAGCAUCUGAUGCGCUCGCUCAGAAGAUCAAAGCACAGUUGGAAAAGGCCAUUGAGUUUAGCUACUCUGCUGGGCACAUUGAGGAAAUCAGAGCCUCCCCUGAGGUGAGCGACACAGUGGUCAACAUGGUCAGAGGAAUUCUGAGUUUCUUCCAAGUCACGGUCAAAAGCAACCAAGAUAUCUACGAACUUGAGGAGGUUGGCAUCCAUGGCAAAUGUCACAGCAGCUAUAUUGCCAAGAGAGACAACAAGGUUAAUGAAAUGGACCUCACUCAAGUGGUGGAUGUGACCAACUGCAGGGAGAAGGCUGUGUGUCACACUGGAUUGGCUUCAGCUAUUGCAGACCAGGCCGCCAUCAAGGUGGGAAAAUCCGUCUUCACAACCGUCCAAUACACCUACAAGAUCAAAGCAACAGAAGAAGCAGGACUCAUUGAUAACGCCCAAGCUGUGGAGCUGCAAUACUUCACCCCAUUCAACGUGAAGAAAGGCAGCUUCAAGAUGGAGGCCAGGAAACAGCUGAGACUCUUGUCAGUGAAAAACAAAGCACAGGACAGCUCUCAGGACAACAAGAACAGAGUGGUGGAGAGCAGAGGAGACCUUAUGUUCAACGCAGUGAAGAAUCUGGUUAAUAUCCCAAUCACGAUGCAGAGGAUGGAAGACGUUGCAUCUAGGGUGCAACAGGCUGAAAGGCUGAUCACACAACUGGCUGAAACAAGCGCACACCAAGCAACCAGUGCAACAAAUAAAAACACCAUCAAACUGUACCAACUGCUGCGCGGAAUUCCUCUGGAGCAACUGAAGGCGAUGUGGAGGAAAGUGGAAGGAAACGCUCAGGCAAGGAAAUGGUUCUUACACACCGUUGUUGAAGUUAAUGAUGAAAGAAUCCUCUCUUUCCUGGAAACUGUUUUGCAAGAGAAAAAACUUAAAUCCCUUGAAGCUGUUACUGUCAUUGUACAAGCGUUCAACCACCUUGAGGCAACUACCCAGAUUGUCAAGAAGGCAGAAAAUUUGCUCAAUCUGCACUACGAUGAGGAAAUCCUGAGAAGAACUGUGAUCCUGUCCUAUGGCUCUGCUGUGUACAAACUCUGCGUCUACAAUACCCCAUGCCCACGAGAGGCCAUUAUGCCACUGCUGACCAUGGCAGAGGAAAGUCAAAAGAAUAACAACGAGAUGGAGAAGAUUCUGGUCUUGAAGGCCCUGGGAAACGCAGGUCAUCCUCAGAGUCUUAAAACCAUCGAGAAAUUCUUGCCUGGUCUGAACCCCAAUGCCAACCAAGAGGAACAGAGCGAGCGUGUCCAGAGCGCAGCUGUGCAGGCCAUGAGACUGAUCGCUGCCAGAGACCCUCAUGGCGUGGAGAUAAGGACCCUGAAGAUGUUUGUGAACCGGGAGCUGAAGCCUGAGAUCAGGAUGCUGGCUUUCAUGAUCAUGUUCGACGCCCAGCCCUCCAUGGCCCUGGUGUCCACACUGACCGCUCACCUGAUGAAGGAGAAAGACAUGCAGGUGGUCAACUUUGCAUACACCUACUUCAGGAGUCUGUCCAGAGCAAUGACCCCUGACAAGCACGACGUUGCUAUCGCUGCGAGUGUGGCUGUGAAGAUUUUGGCUCCGAGAUAUGUGCAUCUGAACUACCUCCAGAGCAGAGGCUCACGCUUGGACGCGUUCAGCAACAACUUCCUUAUGGGUACUGCAGCUGAGGUUUUCCUGCUGAAAAAAGCUUCACAGUUCAUCCCAACUGAAAUGAUGGUGAAAUGGAACUUCCACUACAUUGGGAUGGUAGUGCAGCUGCUGGAGUUCAAUAUCCGCCCAGAGGGAAUCAGACAUCUGUUUGCUUCCAACAUGGACGGAAAUAGAGAUUUAAGUGUGGUUGACUUCCAGACCAUGUAUGAUGUUCUGAAAAAGUGGGAAACCCUGCCAGACGACAAACCUCUGAUGAGCGUCCACACAAGGGUUUUGGGACAAGAGUUUAUCUUCGGUGAUUUAAGCAAGGACAUCAUCAGGGCUUUCAAGCCAUCUGAGGGACAAGGCAGCUUUGUGUGGAAAAUGAUUGAGCAGCUGAUCCAAGGGUUCUCAUGGCGUGCAUCCCUGCCAUUCCUCACUGUUGAAUCUCGUUACAUCCAAGCCUCCACCGUUGGUCUUCCAGUCGAGAUUAGCAAAUACUAUCAUGUUGUGAAUAGCAUGUCAGUCACUGCUAAAGCUGGAGUCACACCACAACUGACGGAGAAUCUUGGACAGCUGCUGUCCUCUGAGGUUUCAGUGACAACCAACGGCUUCAUUGGAUACACCAAGAACCUGUGGCUUUUCUAUGGCGUCAACACCGACUUGUUCCAGUCCGCUAUCGAGAUUAGGUCCUCAAAUCCAGUUGCUCUUCCAUGGAAUUUUGUUGCAAAGGUCAACUACCGGGAAAGGAAAAUGGAACUCGAAAUCUCUCACAGCGACAAAGAGUUUGAUCUCUUCUCUUUCAGUUCCAAUGCAUAUGCGAUCUCAAGGAACAUCAUUAACCCAGAAGCACCCAAGCAGAUCGAGCUCAUGCCCAGUGUACAGAGUGUGACCCAAAUGGAUCCUUCCCACUAUGGAACUCCCAACGUGUGGAACCCCAUUGAAAAGAUGUGCACCCAGAACACCAUGUACGGAGUCUCCCUGUGCUCUGAGUACGAGCUGAGGAGAGUCUACUACCAGGACCAGGGACCUCUGUACUACUUCCUCGGGUUCACACACUUUUCCAUCAAAGUCAAACCAGUCCAAGGAACCUCAUCUGAGGACAAGAUCCGCCUGGAGAUGAACGCAGCCCCCAAUGCCGUGUCAGCGUCCGCACGCCAGCUGCUCGACACUCUGAGAAGGAUCGCCAAGGAAGGUAGCCGGUCCCAGGAGGUGCUCAACAGGCCAUCAAGAGGCAUGGAGGGUUCCCCUGAGCCUCUGCUGAACGCCAAAAUGCUGUCUGUGAGCCGCAGUCAGAAAGUGGAGGGCUACGAGGCCACAUUCUACCGCACGCCUGAGCGUGAAGGACAGCUCGUCGUAAGCCACGUGGGAGAGUCCUCCAACUGGAAGAUGUGUGUGCACACCGCUCUGACGACAGAGCUAAAGGCUCACUUCGCCUGGGGAGCCGAGUGCCAGCCCAACUCUGUGUGGGUGAGCUCUGCAUAUCUGAGCGGCAACAAGCCAGAGCUCAAGGCCGUUGUCCACUGGGACAAGGUGCCAGAGGUCAUGGUGGCAAACGGAACAAGAAUUGCCAGAUACAUCCCAGGUAUGGCAUAUCUUUUUGGCUUCAGCCCGAAAGAAGAGCAAAACACCAUGCAGGAGGUUUCUGCUUCAGUUAUUGCUGCCUCAGCUGAUAGCAUCAACGUGAAGAUUAAGCUCCCAGAGCUUACUCUGCGUCGGGAGAAUCUGCCUCUUCCUGCCGCUUUCCAGCAGAGCAAGAGAAAGGAAAACAGAAAUACACAGGCCUAG